UUGAUAUGAAGGUUUGCUUUCGAAGUGCAUAUUGCGCUGGCACUCAACUUUUUUCGCCUUUGCCAUAAAUAGAUAUCAAAUGCCAUAAAAAGAUAUCUAAUGUCAUAAAACUUGACAGACUGAUAUUACAAGAAAACACUCCAAAUUGAGUUCGAAAGAUGAAUGAUAAGCAUUAGUUCCUUGUCACUAGAGCACAGUAAGACAUGAAAUAGAACAGCGAUCUCCAAGACUCAAAAAUGCCCAGUGGUGCAGGAUUUUAUGGUUCACAAGUCGCAAAAAACUCCUCACAACCCGAAAUUACCGUCAUCGUAAACUGUGCUUUAAAUGUCCCAUUGAUGAUUCUCUCCAUAUUUGGCAACGCAUUGGUACUCGUUGCUAUCUUGAAAACACCGUCACUUCGUUCAUCGUCCAUUUUGCUUCUCUGUAGCCUGGCGGUUUCCGAUCUCUUAGUUGGCACGUUAAUUCAACCUCUUUAUAUAGCAUCUGUACUCACAAGGAAAGAGCUUUUGGAUAGUCUGUGGUUCACGGUGUCCUUUGCCGCAUGUGGGAUUUCUCUUUGCACCAUAACGACCAUCAGUGUGGACCGAUUUUUGGCCCUUCACUUCCAUAUGCGUUAUCCAUCUCUUGUAACAAAGUCUAGAACUGUACACGCGAUAGCAAUAAUUUGGUUUUUAAUAUUCCUUCUUUCAGGUGUUUAUUAUUUAAAUCCACUAGUGUAUUUCUUCCUCAUAGCUCUUGGUGUGGGAUUAUUUUUAUUGAUAUCAAUUGUCGCCUACAUUGGGAUCUAUAGAAUAGUCAAACGUCAAAAACUUCAGAUCAGUACUCUACAGCAAGCGGUGCAAGCUUCAACCACAGAAAAUCUCUCUAACUUCAAACAGCUGAAGACCAGCGCGUUAAAUUCGUUCGUGUUCUUUAUCGUCAUGGUUGUUUUUUAUAUGCCAAUGUCUAUUGCUAUGACCUUGUAUCUCGUAACUGAAAACUGGGAUAGUGCUUGGGGUUUCGCAACGACUGCAGUUUUCAUGAAUUCGUCUAUUAACCCGGUUUUGUUCUGCUGGCGAAUUGGCACGUUACGUAAAGCAGUGACAAAAACAGUGCAGAAGAUAUUGGGUAAACAGUCCUAAAACGGAAGAAUUAAAACAGUUCAAUCCUCAUAAGAGUAAAUUAUUUAAGUCCCUGUACAUCAAGAUAACGUACUCUGAAUAGAAGGAACACUGAAAUUAUACUUUGGAAACAAAGACAAACAUCAAAGAGUUAUUCAUGAACCGCUAAGGGCGAUAAUGGUCGAGGGGACAGUUCGAUCCCCACAUGGAGACAUGUUGUAAAAUAAAAAAGGGUUGUAAAAUAAGAAAGGGUCACGGCAUCUGGUUAUAGAUAGACGGUCGAUAAUGAUAGACGGUCGAGUAUUUUCCAUUCAUUUAUACCCUAAACACUUAG